CUCACAAACUGUGAGAUCAUGAUGGGAGCAGAAGUCCAACUCUUAACCUACUGAGCCACCCAGGUACCCCUACAAGUGCACGUAUUCUAGAAGGGACUGGGGGCCUUCACGACGGUCCUGGAGGGAGGACGUGUGGGGAGCGCUGCAGCCUCAGAUCGUGGGUCCUGGGAAGGCAAGGGCUGGGCUCUUGGAAGUUGAACUUAUAAAGCUGGAGGAAGGAAGUCGGGGGCCUCUCGAAGCUCACCAAGGUGGUGCCUGCUAGGUUCUGCGUGGGGAAGUGGCAGUUUGGGGGUGGGGUCCUGGAGAACGUGUUCGUUAGACUGUCACAUCCUGGCCUGACCCUGGCCUGCACCUGCCCAGCUGGACUUUGGCUCUGACACACACGGCCCGGCUCCACCCCACAUCCCGCUCCCUCUUCAACCUCUCCCACAGUCCCCAGGCCCCGGGACUCAAGAGCCAGAGGGAGAGAAGUCGGGACAAGUGAGCACUCUGGGGAAGCAGUGGAGGGCUGGCGGGGAGAGGCUGGAAAGCUGGGUUGGGGGAGGCCAGCCUGGAAAAACUGGGAGGUCUGGAAGGAAAGACAGCUGUUAAGGGAGGGAAAAUGCCCCAGGCUGAGAGCUGGCCUCAUCAGACCAGACCCUCACCCAUUGUUUCUGCCUGGGAGCCAAUGGGGGGCCUCGAGCCUGGGGGCCUGAGGGCAUCAGAGCCAGGAGGCCACCAUUUGAUGCUUCUGGACCUUUAGGGCAGGUUCCUCACCUGAGAAAGAGAAAGAGAAAGAGAGAGAGAAGGAGAGAGGUUCCUGGUCCUCUCCUUCCCUGGCAGAGCCCAGCAUGUGGGGCUACCUGUCCCUGCUGCCUGCCUUCCUGGCCCUCUGGGCUAUCGCUGGAGUCUGGACCGUUUUUGCCCUUGCAGUGGCCAACAGGGCUGUGAACCUCACGGAAGGUUUCCCCUAUAUCAGGAGUCCGCCAGGGGCUCGCGCCCACUUCCCUCUCCUCCCAGCCGCCUGGAUCUGCAUUAUCCGUUACCACCAGCUCCGGGACUUGGGGGUCGGAAAGUGGUUUAACCGGCUGAUCCUGUCGACGGGACUCCUGUGUGCCCUGGGCACCUCUGUGGUGGGCAAUUUCCAGCAAAGGAACCAGCUGCCCACGCACCUGACAGGGGCCUUCUUCGCCUUCUUCGUGGGCACCCUGUACUUCUGGCUGCAGAUUUUACUCUUCUGGUGCAUGAAGAGCCUGCCCCAGCCUGGGCCUCCCUGGAUCGGGCCACUCCGCCUGGGCCUCUGCAGCCUCUGCACCAUCCUCAUGGUGGCCAUGGUCAUCCUCCACUCGUGGCUGCUGCGCUCGGCCUCCGCCGCCUGCGAGUGGGCCAUGGCCAUGCUGCUGUUCGCCCUCUUCGGCCUGUUUGCCGUGGACUUCGCCGGCCUGGACGGCUGCACCCUGAGCCUCCGGCCAGGCCCCAGCCUCAGCUCCCCGCCCGCCUCUCCCAUCUCCCUGCAGAUGCCCCUGUGAGGGCAGUGCGGCCCCCGGCGCGGCGACCCCGGAAAGACACGGACGCAGGCAGGGUCACGCGAAACGAGAAUUCCUUCCGGAGAGCAAAUCCGUACAGAAGGUUGUUGGGGGACGGGGAGAACCGGGGAAGGGGGGGCCCGGGAAGGAGGAGUUGGGGAACACAAGGACAGACGGCCCUCUCCGUCCGGAUCUGCUAAGCCACCCCAACCAGCCCCCGUCCCUCCCCCACCCCGCCCCGCAGAGAGAUUGAUCAAUAAAUAAAAUAAUAAAUUAAUCAAUAAAUAAAAUAGAAACAGCGCCCCCGCCCUCACUCCCCCCUAGAGCCACCCCCCAUCGGGCACGGCCCCCUGAGCCCCAUCCCUGCGGGGCACGGCCGGGUUUGUUGUGUCUCUCCCCUCCCUACAUACUCCUUGGGCCCUAUUUACAGAUUCACAGUUGGGGGCAGGGAAGGGGGGUGGAGGGGGCUCCCCUCCUUCCCCGGCCCCCUGGGGUCAGGGCAGAGGGGUCCCGUUGGUGGCCAGGAGCUUCUUGUCCUUAGCGGGGCCUCGGCGGGGAGAGCCGGUCAGCUCUGGGUCUGGGCGGCCAGGUGGGGGCUGCAGGCUUCUGGGUGAGGUACCAGCAGGCCGAGUCUGGGCCCCGUUCUUCUCGUCUGCGAAGGAGGAAGCGGUCUGGCUUCAGCACCCUCAAGGCUGCCAACCCCCAGGGAACGCGUCCCGGCAGCCUCACGGGGCUGGAAGCCUGGGGAGCCGGCUGCCGGGAGGACGCACAUCUGGAACCAGACCCGGGGACCUCACGUCGGCAGGUCACGGCCCCUCCCAGCUGUGUCACUGUGGAAACUGGGCCAAGGGAGUCCCAGGGAGCCAGCGGCCCACCUUCAGGAGGCGUCCUCAGAGACUCUGGUCAGGACCCCGUGCACUAAGGGCCAGCAGCUGUCGCAGCAGCAGAUCAGAUUUGGGGAUGACAGCCAGAGGUCCCCUUUCCUUCCUCCCAGCCCUGGUGGUUAGGGAAGAGGCCCCUUGGCAACAGGGCCCAGGGGAGCCUACAGUGGGCUGUUUGGGGGUCUAAACAAACCCAGAUGGUGGAUUUCCAUUCUCCAGAAUACAGCUGCCGAACUUCUUUCAGUGGGAAGUCCCACUGCGCCCAACACUGAGACUCGUCAUCCUCCUGAGGGCCCCUGCCCUCCCUUGCAACGAGGCCUUCUCGGGUCAGGAGGAGCCCCCAGAUGGAGCUCAGGCCUCAGCCUCUUGAGAACUGGGGAGACGCUGGCCACACACGGGAGCCACUCAGCAGGGGGCCUCCCCUCCAGUCCACAGGAUACAAGAGGGAGACACGGCAGCCCCCACCCCCUGCAGGCUCCCACCUCCCACCUGCCAGGGCCUGCACGGAGGGCUGGUCAUGAGUGCUCAACAGCUGUGCCUGGAUGGUCUCCACAACUCGCUUGAACCGACGGCUGGGACCUGGAAGGGGAGGGACACAGACUGACUUGGGGACCAGGACAAGGAACCCAGCAAAGGAUUCUCCUUUUGGUCUCAAUUUCCCUGCCCUGUGUGGAGAAUUGCAAAGGGGGGUAAGAAAGUCGGAGUUGAAAUAAUGAUAUGGGUGCUGUUUUCCACUUAAAUAGGUUCCGUUCCUUGUUAGUUUCAAGUUAAGUUCAUGAAGAGCCAGAAAUGUAAGAAAAAAUAAACCGGAAGUAAAAUAAGAUCUUACAGUCGAGGAA